CCGACAGUGUCUCUGGUUUUUCCGACACUCCCGGCUGCAGCUGGAGGCAGCACGGCUACCUGUCUUUCGGGUCCAGCUGAUCUGAGUGAGAUGAUUCACAGAGGCGUCGACCUGUGUGGACAAACAGAGCCGCUCACAGACCGUGUGUGUGUUUCAUCUAAUGGAGGCGACCAGCUCCAGUUUCAUGUGGGACGUGUCUGGAUGGAGGAGACUCUAAAAGCGGCGCUAUGGCCAUGGAGAGCAGUGUGUGGAGUCCCUGCGACUACAGCCACAAUGUCACCUUCUUCUACAACCUGGUGGGUAAGAAGAUCAGCGAAACGUGGUCGCCGCGGGACUUUUUUGUGAUCGGACUGGGCUUGACAGUAUGUCUCAUCGUAGUCUUGGCCAACCUGAUGGUGAUGGUGGCCAUCUUCAUGAACCACCGCUUCCACUUCCCCAUCUACUAUCUCCUGGGCAACAUGGCUGCGGCGGACCUGUUUGCUGGUAUUGCCUACGCCAACCUGAUGUUGAACACGGGCCCCUGGACCAGAACACUCACCAAGGAGCAGUGGUACAUCCGCGGGGCUUUGAUUGACAUCAGCCUGACAGCCUCUGUGGCCAACCUGCUGGCUGUUGCCGUGGAGCGCCACCAGAGUAUCAUCACCAUGCAGCUGCACAGCAAGAUGACCAAGCGGCGCGUGGUGCUGCUGAUAGUCGGCAUUUGGGCUGUAAGCACCAUGAUGGGCCUGGUGCCCUCCACGUUUUGGAACUGCGAGUGUGAUCUGGCUGACUGCUCCACUGUCGCUCCUCUCUACAGCCGCCGCUUCCUCAUAUUCUGGGCAGUUCUCAACCUGUUCACUUUCCUUAUCAUGGUGGCCAUGUACACACGGAUCUUCGUCUACGUGAGAUACCAGACCUGUUACGCUGCUCAGCACACGUCGGAGACGUGGCACAGGCAGACUGUUAUCAAUCUGAUGAAAACCAUCUCCAUGGUUCUGGGCGCCUUCGUAAUCUGCUGGAUGCCCGGCCUCGUGACCCUCUUACUGGACGGGCUGCUGGGUAAAGCCAGCCACGCCAACGCCUACGAGAAGUUCUGUUUGGUGAUAGCAGAGUGCAACUCUCUGGUCAACCCCAUCAUCUAUUCCCUGCGGGAUGACGAGAUGCGGAGGACGUUCAAGAAGAUCCUGUGCUGCCUGUGUCGGAGAGGUGGCGACCAGCAGAGGGAGCUGUCACCUGUCGAGGUUGACUCGCCACUGCCAGAGGAAACUCUUGGCUGUGUGGAGAAGUCAGAAGAUCAGGCCGUCUGUACAAACAGUAAAGAAGACAGCUGGACGCUGCCGGUGGUAUGAUGGCUGUAGGCCUGCAAUUUAAAAAGACUUUUACUGCCAUCUAACCAGCACAGACUGUGUAAAUUUAUUUUGUAUUUCUGCUGGACGUCAGUCAACUCCUGCCAAUUGACCUCUCUUCUGUUUGCAUUUCUGAAUUGAAUGAGAAAAAAAAAAAAUAUGUAUAAAGUUGCAUUUUUCGAAAAGGAUUUUAUCCAUGUGGGACACGUUUUCAUCUCUCAUAGGACAGCGUAUCCACCAUCUCGACGAGGCUGACAGAUUCACAUAUUAAUCAUCAGAUGGUGCAAUCUCUCCUUUUAUUACAUUUGACUAUCACAAGAGCAUUUGUGACAAAUUAUAAAAUGAAACACUCCUAAAAUCUGAAAUCAAAUACUGAAAAAUCACACUAAAUCAUUUUUUAUUAAUUUUCUAAUAAGAACACUACAAUUUGUCAUAUUCUUCCUUUUUGUUUUACUCUUUCUAGAACAAUUCUAAAGUUGAGGUAUAAAAGGAGUUCAUACAGACUCACAAGUCUGAAAACAGUGGGGGUUAUAUACAAGAGAAAUGGAAAGACAGAGGUAGAGAGAGGGGUAAAUACAAGGGAAAGAGGGGAGAUACAAAUAUACUAAGAAUAAAAACAAAGAAAUCAAAAGGGUUUCAGGAGCCAUUCGGUGCUGUGGAAGUCAUUUAGUCACGAGAUUUAAACAUGAUCAACGGUAACAUAAAAAGUAGGUGUUCAAGGUUUGCAGAUCUGUUGCAAAAAUAUCACUAAAUGUUUACAGUGAAUGAUCAGGUGUGAAAGUUUUUGCGGUACACAUUAUUUUAGGAGGUGAGUUGACAUUAUUGGUGCAUCUGCUUUAAUGUGAAAGUCAGCCUCAAAAAAAAAAAAGAAUUAACUUCCUGUUUCUGCUAAGUACUGUUUGCAAACUCAGAGUAUGAGAGUAAAACAUAAAAGCAUUAAAAACCAGAGGCGCUCUCGAGUGCAAACCUCAGUCAAAGCCAAACAAAAGUGAAAAAUAAUUUGUGUAUCAGUCCCGUGACUCAGAUCGGCUCUUCUUUCACCCAUGCUUUACACUUUCACCAAGUCUCAUGAAACUCAGGCCAGUAGUUUCCCUGCUGACAAACUGAACCCUGGCGAAGGUAAUUAUUGAUUUGAAUAAACCUUAGGGUUAAUGAGAUUAACGUUCCACAAAACAGGCAACAUCUGCACCUUCACAUUAAGUUGAAAAAAGCUAGUAAAUGUGAAGCUCCAAGAGCAUGAAUUAACAACGGUCCUUUAGACUGUUAAACAGUUUUACAACUCCUUUUUGCCACAGCACUGACAGAAUAAAUCUUCAUCGGUCAAUCGACUAGUUGUCAACUAUUAAAUCAAUCGCCAACUAUCAUUCAGUUUGAGAACAUUUUUGAGAAAAAAGUAAAAACUCCUUGAUACCAGCUUGUUAAAUGUGAAUAAUGUCUGGUUUCUUUCCUCCUCUGACAGCAAACUGAAUCUAUUUUGGUUGUGGACAAAACAAAACAUUUGAGGGUGUUAUCUUGGGCUUAGGGAAACACUGAUUGACAUUUUUUGACACAAUUUCCUGACAUUUUAUAGACUAGCUAAUCGAGAAAAUAACAACGGUGAAAAUAAUCGUUAGUUGCAGCCCUAAAACUGAAAGUUCUGAUUUCAAGGAAUCAGAAAAUGAUUUAGAAAUUAAAGGAAGCACAAAUGAGUAAAUAUUUGUAGUGACAGGAAAAGGUUGGUUGAUACAGCAAAGUGCACCAAACAAUGUCCACUGGAGAACUUCAAUUGAUAUUUCCACAGCACCAAACGUGACACCCUUAAACCCCACAUUGCCACCCGGUUAUGUAACAAAAGACCUAAAUAAUAUUCAAAGUUGAUACAGAGUUAUCGUGAAUCCUGUGACACAAAGGCCAAAUAAAACUGGCAUCUCAACCAAAACAUCAAAGUUUAUAAAAGAAAAAAAAAAAUACUGAAACAUUACACAAACUGUACAGUGACAUCCAUUACAACAGGUAGAAAAAGGGGGGGGGGGGG